CCUUCUUCGUCCCGUAUCGUUUCCUCCUCCUCCUCCUCCUCUUUUCCCCUUCGCUUCGGGCCCCCUACCUGGCUUGGCGUCUACCAGGCGCGACGCGGACCGAAUCCUCCUCCUAAGGCCGACGGCCGCCGCCGCCGUCGUCGGUGCUCGCUGCCCGCCCCCCGCCGCCGGCUCCUGUUGGACACGAGUUUGUUGGAGUAAAGAAAUCAACCUUGCAUCUGUGUUCUGUCUGUGCUGCUUUGCUUUGGAUUCCAGAAAAAAAAUUCGAAUAAGCCUUGCACAUCUCACUGACUUGAGAUAACUAUGCCGAAGGACAGGAGCUCCCGCGUUUCCUCUUAUGAGAGCCGUCGGGCUCGUGCCUCCCCAUACUUCUCAGCGUCUCAUGGACAGAGCAGUUCUUCUCGCCGGUCCGAAGAGUCUCCUGCGGCUGCAGCAGCGGCAGCAGCGAAGCAAGCUGCAGAGUGGGAGGAUGUUCGGUGCCCAGUCUGCAUGGAUCACCCGCACAAUGCUGUCCUGCUGGUCUGCUCGUCGCAUGAGAAGGGCUGCCGCCCCUUCAUGUGUGACACCAGCUCGCGGCACUCCAAUUGCUACGACCAGUACCGAAAGGCCUCCAAGGAUUCCUCCAAGGAUUCAGGGACAGAGUGCAGUGAGUGCCAGCAGCAGGUUCAGCUCUCCUGCCCACUGUGCCGUGGGCCAGUCAGCGAUUGCAUCAAGGACUAUGAUGCGCGAAAGUACAUGAACACCAAGGUCCGAUCGUGCACCAUGGAGUCGUGUGAGUUCAGGGGCGCCUACCAGGAGCUGAGGAAGCAUGCUAGGGUGGAGCAUCCAGCAGCGAGGCCAAUGGAGGUAGACCCUGAACGGCAGCGGGAUUGGCGCCGGAUGGAGCAGCAGCGGGACCUUGGGGACUUGAUGAGCAUGCUGCGUUCAGGGUUCAGCAGCAAUAUUGAGGAAGACGGUGCUGGACUUGGGGCUAUUGAAGAAGGGGAAGAGGAAGCUGAAAGGACUCCAACCGCCAUAACAAUGGUCUUCAUCAUGCCAUCUAGAGGCUCGAUCAUGCAGUACUUAACAGAACGCAGUAGGGCGAUCAUUCUGGUCAGUCGGAGGCGAGCAAGCAGUGGCAGUGGUGACGCUGAAGCCACAGCACCAGAUGGCGAGGAAGGUGAUGACCCUAUGCCAUCGGCCGAGGCAUCUGCUGGUUCACAGCAUGCUUCUGAAGAAGAGGAGGCUGACGGUGACCCCGCGCAAUGACAGAAGUCAGCUGGCAGGAGGUGUGCCAUGGCAUCUUCUUGGCCUGAAGAUCCCGACCAGCAUGGUAUGUGAUGCUGUGUGCUGGGGAAGAAAAACAUGGAUGCAGGUGCCAUCAAGGUGUAGUCAGGACAAUCUGUCUACGCGGAAGAAGAAUCGAGGGGAAUCAGCAUCGUGGGAAGGGUUGAAGAACGUGGUGGAUCGGUAGUCGGGUCUCUGGUGCCCUUUCUAAUGUAUCUGCUGGUUCUCUGUAGCAAUGGAGGGGGGAAAAAACAAUUGGGUGGUUGUAUCUAUCUUAUCUGAAUGGAUUUCCUUUUCCCUGCGUUGUAAUUCUCUCUUAUAUAUUAUCAUGAAAUAGAUUCAGCCGAAUUUGCACUGCAUAAUA